AUGGUUCCGACAGACCUCCAAAUUCUCGGAGCCGUCUCCGAAACCACCGACCCAAACCCGGAGCCAACCGGCCCGGCCUCCUACUUUCUUAUCGAUAACAUUCCAAAAGCGGACCCCAAACCCAAAACAAUCUGGCGGAUGUUUCUCCGCCAGUCUCCGCCCGCCGUUUCCGCAAGAGAUUUUCCCAUGAGUGUGUCACCCUCACCCCAACCAGGCAUGGAGUCUGCAAAGCGGAAGCGAGCCGCCAAAGCUUGCAAUUACUGCAGAAAGAGGAAGAGGAAAUGUGAUGGUAGACAACCUGUUUGUACCCUUUGUGAGGAAGCGAAUAACUCUGAGUGUGAGUAUCGCGAUGAAGGCAAUGAGAACAAACGUAUUGCGAUUUCAGUCGAUAGAGUCGAUGAGAUUUUUGACCGCCUCGAAACCCUCGAGUCAACCUUCCAAUCCGCCCUAGCGAGACAACGCGAGAAAAGUCCAGUUCCAACACCAUACUCCGUCCCCAGACAUGGCGAAGCGAUAAGUCCAGAUGGCGGCAUCGUCGCAGCUUCGUCAGUUCACUCAACAGGACCAGGAACACAGACAUCACUUUCACAAUUCGCGAAUAACAAUGUCUUCAACACGACCAUGGACAUACCGCUAUCUCACUCUUCCACGACAGGGAAUCUUCUACGGUCUGCACCUGCAAAGGCUUUGCUUGGACAUUAUCCCCCGGAUCUGUUUCUGCAUAUCGAGUUGAGAAGGCCGAUUCCUGAGGGAUUGAGAUUAAAUGCCACGCCGGCUAGUCAAAUCGAUAUUCCUUCUCUAUCACCCAACGAAACAGACCAUCUAGUACGCAACUACUUCCAACUAGUGCAUCGCUUCCAUCCUAUUCUUGAUCAGAGAGCUUUCUACGAACUAUACGACCAUAUCCUGGAGCGCGGUCCACGACCUGAUCUUCCUUCUGCGCUGGUCCUUGUCGUACUGGCUCUUGGAACUGUUGCAGCUGAGACACCUAAUCGGAUGGACGCGUGUUGGAGUCCUGGUAUACGAUACUUUACACCCGCUGUUAGGCUCCUCUUGACUGAGUCGCUGGGUUCUUUUGGUGGUGAUGCGCAUCUGCCGCAGGCUUUGUAUUUGGCGGCGCUGUAUUAUAGUUAUUUGUCUAGACCGUUGCUUGCGUGGCGGUUGGUGCAUAUGGCUUCUACUGAUGUGCAGCACUACUGGAUCAGAUCUGAGAAGUUAUUACGCGACGGCACAGGCGGUUCUCAGGAUCAGUCCAUUCUGCGAGUCUUUUGGGCUAUCCUCGUCCUCGAAUGCGACAUCAUCGCAGAACACCAUCUUCCACGCAGCGGCAUAGAGAAAAUCGUCGACAAACUCCCCUACCCCUGGUCCGACGGCCCUUCAGAACCGUACAUGCAUCGCUGGCUAGCCGACCUCUCUUCCCGCCGCCUCCUCAACAGAAUCCACUACGUCCUCUACGCCGAAGCAGAACCCGGCACAGGCGAUCCCGCAGAUUCUUCCGAAGAAACACUCUCCAACCUACCGAAUCUAGCGCACGAGCUGAAUCGUCAGCUGGGAGCUUGGUACCAUCUCCUUCCGCAUAGCAUACGACCCAACCUCGACAGCCCACCUAUCGGAAUUGAUGAUACGAUGGUUUCGAUACGGUAUCACACAACGGGUGAUAUCAUAUAUAGACCUUUUCUGUAUCAGGUUUGUGCGCUUGCGCCUGGGACGUCGCCGAAUCCAGCGACGCUUGAGAAUGCGAGACAGUGUCUUGUGCAUUGCCGACGGUAUCUCAACGCUGUGGAACAUGCAGUGCAUGCACCUACAGCGUCUUUAGAAAAUCUCCUUCACGGGACGAUGGCUGUAGUGUUGCUUCUUUCAUUUGCAGCCUUCUCAAGACUGGAUGCUCUACGAGUCCCAGAUCUGAAUCAAUUGCAAGACAAGGGUAUUAGAAUUUGCCAGUCAUCAAAGCCAGUCUCAAUCCGCCCAGCAACACCUUCAGACGCUGGUGUAAUCGCAGAUCUCGGCGCACACGUCUUCACAAUCACAUUCGGCCACUCAGUCGAACCCCACGAAUUGGCAGCCUUUCUGCAAGAAUCAUACACAAAAGAAGCCAUUCUAGCCGACAUAAACGACCCAAACAAAGACGUGAUAAUCGCUACGAGCUCUGAAAAUGAGUUUCUAGGUUUCGCGUAUCUUACGCGAGGCAGCACAGAGCCUUGUGUGGAGAACAUGGAAAAGACCGUUGAGCUACAACGAAUUUAUGUGCGUCCUGAAUCACAUGGUGCUGGUGUGGGUAAAGCGCUAGGAAAGAGCAUUGAGGAUAUGGCGAGGGAACAAGGGUUUAAGAACCUUUGGUUGGGUGUUUGGGAGGAGAAUAUGGUUGCGACGAAGGCUUAUGAGAGAUGGGGGUAUGAAAAGGUUGGGGAUCAUGAUUUCACGAUUGGGUCUAUUGUGCAGACGGAUAACAUUAUGGUCAAGGCUUUGUAG